UAUAUGAUGGUUACGGCAAUAUGCAGCGUUCUUACAUAUAGGCGUAGAACCAAAGAUCCUAAACACAGUCCCUGACAACUAAACCAUGGCUUCUCCGAUCGAAAUCCUAAACACAGUCCCUGGAAAAGAUGUUUUUGCCCUCCACUUCCUCCAUUCCCUCUCAAAGCUCGGAACACAGAUACCCUUUUGUCCGAACAACACGAGCGAGCGCGUGAGGAAGAUCAAGACGGCGGCGUAUGCCGCCAUGGCAAGAUCCGCCGGAGGAAAGAACCGGCCGUGGAGCAGAGCUCUCUUGUGCCGGCUCCGUGGCCGCACCAAAGAUCAUAACAAGAUCAUCAGGGGAGUUAUCGUGAAGCGAAUAAGGGUUGACGGCGGCAGAGGAAGACGCCGGCGGCGGAGGAGUCGGAUUCCGGCGACGGAGAGUCUGAGGAAGCUGGUUCCCGGUGGCGGAGGGAUGGAAACGUUGAGGCUGAUGGAGGAGACGGCUCAUUACAUUACGUGUCUUCGCAUGCAAGUUAAGGUCAUGCAGCGUCUCGUUGACGAGCUGUCCGCAUGAAGACGACGGUCAUGAAUAAUGAUCAUCACCGUUGAUGCAUAUACAUAUCCGUAUACGUAUCUCCCCAUCUCAAAACGCAUAAAUUCGUAUGAUAGUCGUAUAGUCUUUGGGCUUUUUUUAUUUUAAAAAAUAAAGGAAUAAUGGACAAUUUGCCAAUUGCCAUAUAUAAUUGGAAGUCUUCUGCAAAACCUGCUAGAAGAAGCAGAGGCUUUAGAAGACUCUGGGAGAAGUGGAGGUCUCCAAAGUCGUGCUCCGUGGUGGAGCGAAGCGAAGAAAAAGGGAGCAAGGGUAAAUGGGUAAUUUGAAAGCCCAAUUCAUAAGGGCUAGGGCUUUUUUUUAUCACUUUUGGGACGCGGGUCUUUUUUUUCUUCCUCUUCUCCGCGAGGCUGUUCCUUGGGGGUUCUCUGGUUUCCUCGCCGGAAUCCAUCUCCGAUCGAUUCCCGGCGGAUAUCUUUGUAAAUUCUAUCAAUAAACUCGUUAAAAUGCGUGUCUA